AUGGCCGCCCGCCUCGUCGCCAAAUUCAACUCCUAUUAUGCUCAGAAGCCUGUGCUAACCACCAUGAUCACGAAUGCGGUUCUUGGUGGCAUCGCGGAUACGGUGGCACAAUCAAUAACUGCUGUCCGAAAGAGACAGGCUAUGCUGCCAACCACGACUGAUUCGAGAUACCUCAUCUCCUCUGGCGUCGAACUCGAAGACCUGAACGAAAAGCCCGCAAGGUUGUCGCCUGGUCUCCCUCCUCGAAGCAGCGGACCUCCACCUUUCGACUUCGAACGCUUGACUCGAUUCAUGUCCUACGGGUUCUUGAUGGCACCACUUCAAUUUCUUUGGUUCGGUCGUCUCACGAAAUGGUUCCCCAUCACCCCUAAAAGUGGCACAGUUCCAGCGCUGAAGAGAGUGGCCAUGGAUCAGCUGAUCUUCGCACCGGUUGGUCUUUGCUGUUUCUUCACAUUCAUGACGGUAGCCGAAGGAGGUGGAAGGAAGGAGGUUGCGACCAAGUUCAAGGACAUUUAUCUGCCCACCUUGAGGGCGAACUAUAUCCUCUGGCCGGCCGUGCAGAUCCUCAACUUCCGCGUCAUGCCCCUCCAAUUCCAGAUCCCAUUUGUGAGCACAGUGGGAAUCGCCUGGACAGCCUACCUCAGUCUGACCAAUUCGAGCGAGGAUGAAGCACAAGGUCUCCAAUGA